ACCAGGAAAUAAAAGUAAACAACGCAUAGGGGGACGAAAAUGUUAUGUAUCGUUUGUCAUCCAUUCUCAUUCCGAGUCUGUACAUUUUGUGGUGACUUAUUCAUAAUGCACGAAGGACUUAAAUCCCGAUAAGGACAGGAACUCAGUUAGAGACAGUCUAAAGCCGGUAAGACACCCGUAGAGUUAACAAAGAGUCGGGUGCGGCAGCCGCUAAUAAUAGCUAGCUCGAUAUGGCAAUUUCCUGUAUUAUUUUGAAUUUGUUCGCAGGAAGAAAUGCCCUCACGACAAUGGCUUAAAAACAUGUCCUUGACGUUAGAUUUAGCUAUGUUAGCCAUCAGAUCGUCAGAUGAGGAGUCCGCUGAGAUUGAGGAGAUGGACACCUCAGAUCCCAACUGGUGCUGGUUCUACUUGGCUGAAUGUGGAGUGUGGCAUAUGUUUGAGAUUGACCCCAGUGCUGCCUGCUCUGUGACUAGUGCUCAGAUUGAGCAGUGCUACAGCAGAAACCAGCGAGGCGUCAUGGAAUUCUACACAGCCAAGUACACCUACAGACUGGACUUCUCAGUUAUGCGACAGAUAAACGUAACGACAGGGAAGCAGCGGCCAAUCAAACGCUCCCUCCACUCUGCAACUGGCUUCAGGUUUAUUUGCGAUAAUCUUGCCUUGCCUGUUCCGUGUCAUUGGGAGAGAAUCAAUACAGACGAGCCCUAUCAGCUCAUCCAGCUUGGAAGAGACACUUAUGAGUUUAAAGAAGUCGCCAGACUAUAUGAAAGGACUAUGGAUCACCCAAUCAAAUCCAUCCAGAGGAUUCAAAACCUGGACUUAUGGGAAUUCUUCUGCAGGAAGAAAACACAGUUGCGAAAAGUCAAGCGCACACUGGAUAUUGAGGAGCGAAUGCUGUUUCAUGGCACAGGACACAGCAACAUACAAGCUAUAUGUACUUUUAACUUUGACUGGCGGCUGACAGGAAGCCAUGGCGAUGUAUAUGGCAAAGGGAGCUACUUUGCCCGGGAUGCGAAAUACUCCAGUAAAUUCUGCCACACCACAGGGAAGCACAACACCACCCUGCAGAGACAUGGCCUCACCCCGCCAAUAUUUGCUAGUGAGCCACCUUACAAGACCAUGUUCUUGGCCAGAGUGCUUGUCGGAGAAUACACGGUCGGUCAUCCUAUGUACUGUAGACCACCCUCCAAGGAUGCCAGCUUCACCAACUUUUAUGACAGUUGUGUGGAUGAUAUGGCCAAUCCAAAGAUUUAUGUCAUUUUUGACAGCAAUCAGAUCUACCCAGAGUAUCUGAUUGAGUUCUACUGAAGCCUAACAAGAAGAAACACUGUUCUUUUUUAAAUAGAGGCUGCAUCUCAAACAUGACGGGAUGAAAUGGAAAAAGAAGCCGUGUUUUCUUUCAGUCUGAUCCAACGCCUAACUGGAGCAUGGAAUCAUCUAAAGUGCCUUUGGGGAAAUUGGAAAAUCAAGAAGACAGUAAAGACUUUGUGUACAGUUUGUGUACUGUACAAUGCAUUCUAAGACGGGCCCUUGUGGUGGGACUGUUUCUGUGACUUAAAAAGGACAAAAAUACUGACUAAAGAACAGCCUUUGUGACAAUUUUGUAUUAAAUGCAGAAUCUGUCCUUGCUUGUUUGAUAUUUGUGCACAGUUGUUUAAAAUAAGAGUGGCACUUGCAGCCUCUAGGUUAUAGGUGAUGCCAUCAGCCACAGCGUUCCUUCACAUCCACAGUGCCACGCAUGAGCUUAUUUAUAAGUCAUGUCGACAUAAUUCCAAAUGAUGAAACCAAAAACCACAACAUGUUCCUGCUCACUCAUUUAACACCGACACCCACAUCAUGUCAGUUAGCAACACCAACAUCUGUGUAUUAUGUAGGCAUUUAUAUUUUGUUUUGUUUAUUUAUUUAUUUUUUUAAACGCUUCUACCUCUACAUUUUUUUAACCAUGCAUCAGUGUACUUUCCCCCCUUUCCAUGAAAGGUUUUGUAAUUGUGUCACAAUGACAUAAAGUUGUGAUGUCCUGUUCA